UCGAGAGCACUUUUACAAGCGAAACAGAAUUGGUGUGUAAGUCUGUUUUUCUCAAAAUAUUUUKCGUAAUAUAUAAAGUUCACGAUGGCCGAAGGGUCUGAAAGUAGUGUCCCUCCUACCAGUAGUGUUCUAACAGCCAAAGAUGACACAGAAAAUCCUCAAAUCGACACAUCUAACGAUACCGAAGAAGACAGCUCAUUACAGGAUAUAGUUGAGGUUGAAUUCCAGCCUGAUUGUCCUGUUUGCCUACAGCCAACUUUCUAUCCAGUAAAACUACCAUGUGGACAUAUUUUCUGCUUUCUUUGCAUCAAAGGAGUGGCGCUUCGAAGUCGUAAAUGUGCGAUCUGCAGACAAGUAAUCUCCACACAGUACCUUGACAAACCAACACUAGUUAAAGUUUUAGACAAAACACAAACUCCCUCUAGUAAGUCCGAUUUGAAGGRAAACUGUGCGCAAGAGGAGAGCGAGUAUAAAUGGUAUUAUGAAGGAAGGAAUGGUUGGUGGCAAUACGAUGAUAAGACAUCAAAAGAAGUGGAAGCUUGUUUCAAGAGUGGCAAACGUUCUUGUACACUUCUCAUUGCAGGGUUUCUUUAUCUGAUAGACUUUGAAAAUAUGUUUCAAAUGAGACGAAACGAACCAGGGCGACGAAGACGGAUAAAAAGAGAUAAAUGUGAUGUAGACAGCAAGGGUAUAGCUGGCAUUAGAUCUAGGAGAUCUCAAAAUAUAAACAAUAGCAGUUCAACAACACCAAAUAYUAACCAAUCAACAAGCACGUCCAGUCAAGUUGACAAUGAUGUCCAAAGCUCUCCCUUAGAUGGCUCACCAGUUGAAAGUGAUAGCCAGGGGGGUUCAAGCUCUAGCCCAGACUCAGUGUCACAAGAUGUAUCGGUUGAUGCAGUUAGUGAUGKUAUAGAGAGUACAUCGCUGGAAUGAGAACUUCUAAUGAUGUACGUAUAUUCUCUCUGCCUCCUAGAUGCAAGGCUGGAUUUUAUAAUUAUAAGCCUGCUUCRCCGGCAUAGGGUGGCCUGGUCAGGGGACAUGAGGGAAUUAAUGAAAUAUUCUCCCUCAGUGUCCAAUCCCAUCUGGGCCAUGGAGCUAAUAAUUCCAAACCCAACAGUUGCAAUUUAUCUGAGAUUGCUUGCUACUUGCAGCCAUUAUUUMUGAUACCAGAGGUUUACAUUAUAAUAUGGACUGUGGUUAUUUCCAAGCCAGAAGUAGGGAUCUUGGCAGAUCACACAUAUUCCAGUUGAUAGAUGAAAACACAGUUUUCUCUAAAUGUUGAAUCAAUAUAUGUUUAAUCUUUAUAUCUUUAAUCUGGGAUAAGCUCUAAAUAAGAUUUUGAUAACAUGGUCCAGGAUCUCCAUAAAGAGUUGAGUUUGUUGUUAGGUAGAAAUAAAGAUAAGAGAAAAAUUAAAUGUAAAGACAAAAUGUAAACAUAGAGGUAAUAAUAUUUCAAUUACCUAAAAUGUUGUAGAUUUGGAUUUUAAUGUCAUGAUUUUCAGAGAUGUGGAAAUCAACACUACAAACAAAAAUUAUAUUCUUAAAGUUGUUAUACUACACCCAUGAAAGACUGGAACACAUUUUUGAUGUGUAAUAUUCCAGUUAAAAAUGGACAGUCAGAGUAAUGGUGGCUAGAGUGAAUGCACUUAGUCUGUGAAACAAGAAGAGUUUAAAUUAGUUGCUAAAAAGGCUCAUUAUUUUGUUUUCUAUCAUCUAAUCAACACUAUUAAUUAGUAAUAUUUAGUAGAAAUAAUUCAGUAGAGUGAAGUUAAACCUGUGAAAUAGAUAUUACAAUAAAACAAAUUUGUAUGCUUUAAUUGCAUUGUUAUCUUUAGUGUUUAUUUGACUAUCACAUUUUUGUUUCAAGGAUUUAAUGUCUUCACUCUAUUUGUUUCAUAGAUUUAGUGCAUCCACCCUACUUGAACAGGACUUUAUAUGGAGCCUUUACAACAUACCCAUGUAUAAUAAAACUCAAAAAUCUCAAUAAAGUCAAUGUACAGAUUA